AUGUCCUGCAAGAAGGAUGGAGUUGGUGAUCAACGUUCAGUGUGGAAGAGACGUUUUCUAGCUGCUGCAGUGUGUCUGGGGCUGUUGUGUGUUCUCCUACUGGCUGGGAUCAUAGGCCUCUUACUCUACCGUGAGUUUGAUAUGUUCCCACUCAAACAUUAUUCAUUGUCAGUGAGCUACAACAACCUGACCAAAGAGAGAGACCAGCUACAGACCUGUAAUAAAUAUGGCACAUGUCCCCAAGACUGGAUAAGGUCUUGCUGCAGUUGUUACUACAUCUCCACUAAUGAGAAAACGUGGGACGGGAGCAGAAACGACUGUCAGGCGAGAGGAGCAAACCUGGUGAUCAUCAACAGCAGAGAGGAACAGGCUUUAAUCAAAGCGUUCAACAAAAGAGCCUGGUUUGGUCUGACGGACAUAGAAGUUGAGGGAACCUGGAGAUGGGUGGACGGCACACCACUGACCACAAGUUACUGGAACAAAGGGGAGCCAAAUGAUUUCGAAGGAGAAGACUGCGCUUUGGUUGAUAACACUCUAAAGGACCCAGUAGUGGCUUGGAAUGAUGUGUCAUGUAACCGCAAGAAUGGUUGGAUCUGUGAAAGGCAGCUGUGUUAAGUCUA